AUGGAUUGGACAUUGACCUUUGCGCACCCAAGAAAUGGAACAUGUCCAUUUGGCAAUGAUGCUCAUAAACAUCUAGAGGAAAGAUUUGAACUACUCCCAUGUGAGAAUGUUAAUAUAUACACCACAUGUUUAAAUGAUAGUUCCCCUUGUGUAGGUACACGUCCACUUAGCCAUUUAGCCCAGGAACCCGACAACUGCAGUAUGGCAGAAUAUGUAGGAGCUUUUAAUCUUACUAAAAUUAGAGGUUAUGGUGCAAAAGUCACAAUAUGUGCCGAUAAAAGAGAUAAUAUGAACUCAGGCCUCAAUCCUCUCACACAAACCUGCAAGUUACAAAUAGGAUUCUAUUGUGGAGAUGGGCGUGAUAGAAAAAGCUUGCCCUCAAAUUGGAAGGGUCAUUGUAUAGGGGACUACUUCAGUCCUCGAGGGGGUAUAUUCACUGGACCACCUUCAGGAAUAGUCCAAACUUGAUGGAGACGAACACGUACCACUCUGGAUAACCCUCUCAUGAUGAGGCCUAUGGGAUUUCGUAGUUUUGUAAGGUGGUUAAUUCCAUCCCUGGGAGUAAAUGAAUUAGAAAAAGCUAUUGUAAAUAUCUCAGCCAUGGUGGAAAUUAUUGGAAAUGCCACAGCCGAUGCUCUUUCGGCAUUGCAGGAAGAAAUUUCUUCCUUACACAAAGUAGUGCUUCAGAAUAGGAUGGGAUUAGAUAUGCUUUUAGCCAAAGAGGGAGGAUUAUGUACAGUCAUAAACCAAACUUGCUGUGCAUAUGUAAACAAACGAAAACAGAUUGAGACCGACCUGGAGAAGAUUUGGGAAAAGAAUAAAAUUUUGCAUGCAGUAGCCCAGGAUGAUACAUCCUGGGGAUUUACAGAUUGUAGAAAAUUGAAUUCCUGGUUGCCAAACCUAACAUGGCUGAAGCAGUUGUUUAUCACAAUAAUCGUGGUCAUAGUUUUGUCCAUGGUUCUUUGCAUGGUGAUCCGAUGUACCUUACGGUGUUUUAAGAGUACAGGAGAUUCCUACAGUGAAUGGAAAAAGAACCAACUAAGACAGAAACUUGAGUCUAACAAACAUCUUGAAGGGAUAUUAGAUAGGGAAACACUGUAUUAA